AUGCCUGCUACACUUCAAGUCGACGUGUACGUCGCACCAGCCAUACCAAUAGCCAACGGCCAUCCCGACCCAUCUAAAAGGUUGUUCUCUCCAAUUUCUUGUACGCUUAUUCAAGGCCCAACGUCAGCAGUCCUCAUCGAUACACCCGCAACGAUCGACUUAGCCCAGGACCUCGCUAAGUGGGUCAAAGAAACUGCACCGGGAAAAACGCUUCGCUUCAUCUACACGACCCAUGCUCAUGGAGACCACUUCCUGGGCAAUCCUGUGCUCGUUCAACACUUUCCUGAGGCCCAAUGUGUGGCGACGUCGACUGUUGUUAACGAUAUCGAGAAGCAAUGGCCAGAGAGCCUAGCUAUGUGGGGCAAGAUGUUCCCCAACGGCCAGAUUGCGGACGGCCAAGUCAUUCCGAAACCCCUAAACGCCGAUGGGGAGUUCGUAAUUGAUGGAUAUGCCUUUCGUGGUAUCGACGUGACGCACUCAGACACCGAGGCUUCCUCGUUCUUGUAUGUCCCGGCUCUCAAGCUGGUUGUUUGUGGAGAUAUUGUUUACGGUGACUGUUAUCAGUUCUUCGGUGAAGCAAGUACUCAGGAGAAGAGAAAGCAAUGGUUGGAUGCAUUGGAUCAGAUUGCCGCUUUAAAACCCGACAUUGUUGUACCUGGCCAUAAGAGGGAGUCACAGGCAAACGGACCAUAUCUCAUUGAGGCCACGAAGGAAUAUAUCUUGACGUUUGAAGAGGAGCUAAGCAAGGCUGAGAAUGCAGAAGCCCUCGAGAAGGCUAUAGUAUCACGAUAUCCCCAGAGGAUGAAUCGCUUCUUGCUCGAGUGGAGCUGCAAGGGCUCUUUCGAAGAAUAUUCGAGGGCCAAGGGAAUCGGUAGGUAA